AUGGCGGAAGCUUCCAGGGAUUUGGCACAGGGCACCAUCGAGGUGAUGGUGUCCGAAGUUGUUUGUGCCAAGGAGCGAAUGGAAGCGCGGGAGGUGGAAGAAGCAUACCAGAAAUUUGAAGAAAGCGAAGAACAUAUUCAGGAGUUGCUGGACAGGGGUGCCAUCACGAAUGAUGAAGCUCGCAAACUGCGGACCAGAGCAAAGAUGCAUCAGCAAGAUGCUGAGCCCGACAGACCCAAAAUCUCCAGCGCAGUCAUGGCAGGCGCCGAUCAGAUGACGAAUGAGCAAAUGAUCGAAGAAGCCUUAAAAGGCAAACGCAGAUUUUGGCUCUUUGAAUGGAUGCGCAAAUUUUUCAGGAUCGACAGACUGCAAGACCGCAUCUCCCGCGAGAAACGUCGACGGGCCCACCCAGACUUUGUACAUAAGUGCCCCGUGAUUUCCGGCAUGGUGAAGUCCGGCAUGACUGGCUGCCGUAGUGCCGAGUCCACGAAGCAGCUGGAAGUUGGUGUUCGGCGCAGGACCUUCGAGCUGGUGACAUUCUUCUUAGUUGCUUUGAACGGUCUCCUUACCGGCGUCCAAAUCUCUGUCUGCGGCCUAGGUGCAGGGAACGGCAGGCAGAUCCGGAAUUUUUCAACGCCGGGACCCAAGCAGCCCGAUCCAUUCGAGUUUGUCUCGCCGCCCACGCCACUGAUGGUAGAUCAGUCUGUGGAGCUGCAUGGCCAGCAUGAGUGUAGGAAGCCCUUUUCACAUCAGAUGCAGUGCGUGUGCACAGAUUCACAGGAGAUCUUGCAGCCGUUCUUUCUGUGUGAACCUCCCGAGCAGGUUCGGCUCUUCAUUACACUAUUUUGCGUCAGUGUCGCUGCUGGCCUGAUCGUGAAUCACCCAGCAGCCGUUCGCUUCUACCGAUUGACAACGCGGGCAAACUUGACGCACAACAGCCGAAGAGGUCUUGGAUACACGGCCUGCAAGGCCUACGGCCUCAUACCAAUCCCGCAGCUGCCAGAAAGUCACUUCCAGAUGGUUGGCUGGCUGCUGGUGGUGUCUCUUCUUCUGGCUUGCCACUCUCAGUUGGCUCCGAGAUUCUUUUUGUUCGCUGGCUUCGGUCUUUACUUCCUGUACUUCGGCCAGUUGUUCUGCGAGUCCAAGCAUGGCGGUCAUGGAGCCUUGUUGUUGCCUUCGGUUCUUCUGCUCCUGGCCCUGAGUGGGGGUCCGAAGGGAACCCCAUGGAGCCUUGUCUUCAUCAAACUGUUCCUGGGAGUAGUCUACUUUGCUGGUGCCGUAUCAAAAGUCGUGGUGCCGUGCGUUUUUCGACGCCCUUGGCUCGGCAGCACAAUGCAAGCAUACAUUCUGGAUGCGAUGUGGAGCCGGCCACACUCCUGGGGUCUGGUGCAGAAGUUGCAGCUCAUGCUGCUUCAACGCUGGUGGUUGUGCACAUCUAUGGCAGUGUCCGCCCUGAUUUUUGAGUUUGGGUGGCUGCCUCUUGUCCUGCUUGGCGGUCGAACAGGAUCUGUUCUUGCAGGUGCAGUGGCUUUUUCAUUUCAUCUUGGCGUCGAUGUUUUGCAGGGCCUGGACUUCAAGCCAUUCUGGUGUCCGGUUUUCUGGGUUUUCCUGCCGGACUUACAAUCCAUGUGGCAUGGCCAGGAGAUGCUUUCCAACGAGACAUGGACCGCAGUCCUUGCGCAAGGCUUUCUCGAAGAACCCUGCCGUUGGAUCAUGAGUGCAACUUACCUGCUCCUCCAGGUGGUGGUUGCUGUACGCUUCAUGGACUGCAGAGAGGGCAUGGAAUGCUUGCCGCUCACUUGCUGCCCGAUGUUUGCGGUGCCCCGGAACGUUUUUCAAGACGAACUUCGCGGUGGGGUGUUGACAGACAUGGAUCUUCGCGGAGGUGGUCACGUGGACUUCGCUUACAACUUCUUUCCAUGGGCAUCAGAUCUUCCCCUGGGAGAAGUUGACAUGAAACGUAUACCGGGUCGGGUCCUUUUCUGGAUGUCGACGCUUCAUUGCGAUCCAAAUCUUGAAAGACUGCUGAACCCGGAUUACUUAAACAAGGAGCUCCUCCUUAGCGCAAACUUCGACAUCUCCCCCUCCUUGGAGUCGAAGCUUUACGAAUAUGUCAUGCAACUCGAGCAGGCGUCCCCCGAAGAUUGGGCUGACCCUGCGAAAAUUGGCUCCAUCGUGGAGCUGCAAGCAGAGUGCCGGAAACUUUUUGAAGCACAUGCCCCCUGCAACAACUCCGUUCAGGACUCGGUCGAUUCGGGCGAGAUCAACGUCAGUAAGGGACCCGUCUUGCUGGAUUUCAUGAGCUUCUUUACACCAACGUUCUGUUUCAUCGCAGAGAUCAUACUGCGUGUCAUAGCAGACGGUUGGACUUGGUUCUUCACUGCAGGGAAUGCCAGCGACGUGGUUCUGAUCGCAGUUACAGGAAUCAUCCCGAGCUACAUUCUGGGGCCUGUCUUUGACUUCCAGAGUCCGCUUUUUCGGAUUGGCCAGGCUUUGCGGUGUAUCCGCCUCAUCAGAAUCUUGAAAAGCGUUCGCACUAUCAGCUAUUUCCGAAUUCUUUGGUCGCUUGUCAGCGGCAUUGUCGACAGCGGUCGUAUUCUGCUCUGGACACUGACGAUUAUUACAGUGGUUCUGUACAUGUUUUCGAUCUUUUUCGUUCAGUUGCUGCUGCACUCUGGCCUAGAGUUCACCCCAGAAGUGCAAAGCGCCGUCAUCGAUGUUCAUUUCUCGACGGUCCCCGAUGCCAUGUUCACGCUCUUUCAGUGCCUGACGCUGGAUAGCUGGACCUCUUUGAGCCGACCUUUGCAAGUUGGCCAUCCACAAAUUGGGAUACUCUGGGUGCUGUACGUGGCGGUGGCUUGCAUGGUGUUGAACAAUCUUGUCAUUGCUGUGAUUGUGAACAACGCCUUCGCCCGCGCAGAGCAGGAUGAAGAGCUCCAAGCUUCGAUUGCACGGGAGACGACCGAAGGUGAACUGAAUGAUCUCAGGACUUUGUUCGACGAACUCGCCAAGGAGGGAAGCGCAUACCUUUCGCGAAAGGACUACGAGCAGGCCCUUGGAACAAGCGAGUCCCUGUGGACAAAGCUCAAGAUCGUGAACUUGGAAGAGAACGAGAUUUUGAACCUUUGGUCGUUCAUUGAUUUCCCCGAAGAAGUUGAUCGCGAAUAUUUCGCUUCGCAGAUCCGAAAUCUGAAAGGCGAAUGCAAAGCAAAGACAAGCUUUACCGUAGCCAUGACCCUGAAGAAGUUGGAUACGAGACUGAACCAGGCCAGAACAAACUUAGAGGUGCACAAGCGCAUGUGCGAGGAGCUGAAGAAAGAAUCGAGGGAGGCGCAGGUUGAGCUAUCAAGAACGUUGUUCGAGUUGCGACAAUUCAUGAUUCUGACCUACCGAUGUAUACCUUCAAAUGCCACCGUCACCACCAAAAACAAAGUUCAAAAGGUUGGUGAAAAGGUUUCGACGAGGGUGCAGCCACUGCUCACACCGCUGCUGAACUACCCGUACGAGCGCGUCCCCAUGAGCAUAGAAGAGCAGAAGGAAGGUUGGGCACUUCCCGGUGAAGUACUCGAGCAAAAACCAGAGACGACGCUUAAGCCUGGGACGCUGCCUCACGCAUCACGCGCCAUCCGGAACUGA